AUGGUCAAAUGCCCCGAAUGCGACGCAAACGCCGAUCUAACAAAAGACGGCGCAUGGGCGCACUGCGCUUCUUGUAAUACGAUUUUUCAGCCAGGAAAGGAUGGGAGCCACUACCGAGGCGGGGGUAGCGGGUCGGGUGAUAAGGAAGAAGAGAAGAAGAAGAAGGAAGAAAGUAGUAGUGAGAAAUAA